AUUACCUACACUGAAGGCCCCGACUGAAGCGUUAAGGAUCAACGAGGCGCAGUCCAGUCGGGUGUGUGUGCUGUGGAGUUCUGCUAGGCUCGGCGUCACGGCCAGCGUCGUCGCGGCGAUGCGUUUCCAACUCGGAGUAGAUCGAUGUCGCAGCUGAAAGUGAAUGUGGAAGCUCUCCCUCGUCGAACCAGGCCCGGUGCCAUCCCCAUGCAAUGAAGCAGCGUGGAUUGCGAUGUGAUGCGAUGCGAUGCGAUGCGAUGCGAUCUCGAUCUCGCCUUCGUUUCGUGUCGUUUCGUUUUGUCCUUGAAGAUUGCCGGCCAGCCCGCCCGCACGUGACCGUCCACGCGCGGCCUAGCGUGUUUCAGAUGUCGCUGCCUCGGGCCUUCCCCGAACGGGCCACCUGGCGGCCUCAGGCCCCUCUCAGGCCAGCCCGUGCAUGCCUUCCCUUGCACUGGUAUGCGGGCUCGCUACUAUAUAUAUAUCAGAGACACCCAGCCAUCAAGGACAAGCAGGAACUCUAAUGUUCGCAUCCAGGGAGAGCUUAAUUUCCACCCCGCGAAGGGGGCUCUAG